AUGCUCUGGUUCACACAUAAAUACUCUGUGAUCUACGUUAAAAAGCUGGAUUCAGACCACGGCGGUAUCCUGUAUCCUCGGGCUAUCAACCAGACUUUCACGGGGAUUUAUCUAAUGGAACUCUGUAUGGCAGGGCUGUUUCUUGGCGUACGAGAUGAUGGAGGACGGCAGAGUUGUCUUCGACAUGGCAUUACCAUGAUCGUUUCGCUAGUCAUCACAGCAAUCUUCCAGGUUGUUCUCAACCAAGUCCUCUUCCCCGCUUUCGAAAAGAAUGAUACAUCCGACGAGCUAAUUGACAAAGACCUUUUCAAACACGUAACGCAUGUUGCAAAUCGCAGUAUAGCCUGGCUACCGACGGAGAAUAGUGAGGGCACAUGCGGCGGAGCCACCGUUUUGAUAAAUUGUAACUACCCACCAGAAGAGACACUGAACCACUGGUGGCGGGCAACUAUCGACGAGAGAGGCCAUGUGCAAAUUGAAAGGUGUGUCAACGAUGCGGAAGUCACCAAGACAGCGCAGAACUGCUGA